GCGUCCGUGCGUCAGGGCCAGCCGUGAAUACGCCUCUUCCGACCGCUUGCGGUACGGGCGGUGGAGUCGAACACAGCAGUCGCCUCGCUACAUCCAGAUUUGCGUUAGAAAAAGAUCUCAAGCACAAUUAGCCUACAUACUGACGUGAGCUGGUCGUCCGGUGUCCGAUGGGAAACAGUUACCUACCUGCAUAAUCUGACCCAAAACCUGACUAGAGCCACGGGGAAAGCCGCUUGGACCCUCGCCAAACCCUACAACUGAAAGAAAAAAACAACAACCCUGCUUCGAUUACGCACCGAGAGGGGGAGCACGAUGAUAUUGUGACAGCCCGGAGUGUACUUUACCAACUCCCCAAUUCCAACGGCUGGGAUCUACCGAGCUUCUUCCACUUUAAGGGACACUGACAGUAUUUAAAGGAUGUAGAUGUUUCUUGAUGUUGAUGCUGAUUGAUGUAAGUUAUUUUAAAUGGCACUCUUCGCAAAAUUGCGCUGAAGACUGCUACAUGUUGAUAUUGAAAAAUGCUCUUCCAAUGCGAUAUUGGAACCGACAACAUGAACCACGCUUACAUUGCAAGGAUUUCUCCGUUAGCAUGUGUACAGAGCUCUUGUACUAAUUUACAAUGUCUAGUGAGUAGAUAAUUAGUCCUUUAAAGAGAGAUACACACAGCAGCAACAACAAUACGCAAAACAUUUGCGCACGAACAACGAAGAGAAGCGGGGAGACCAUCUGAAUAAUUUCUGCCCGAACUGUGCUCCCACUUUCCGUGAUUCACGAUAAUAUCACACAGGAUUUUGAUGGAGCUGGAGAAUAUUGUGGCCAACACGGUACUGCUAAAGGCAAGAGAAGGUGGAGGAGGGAAGCGGAAAGGAAGGAGCAAGAAAUGGAAAGACAUCCUCCGGUUUCCCCACAUCAGCCAGUGCGCGGAGCAGGGGAACAGCAUCGAGAGGGACUACAUCAGCCUGUGCGAGCGCCAGCCAAUCGGGAGACAGCUGUUCCGCCUCUUCUGCGAGACCAGGCCGCAGUUCCUGCGAUGCAUACACCUGCUGGAUGCCAUGGAGGAUUACGAGGUGACGCCGGAUGAGAAACGCAAGAGCCACGGCGACCAGAUCAUCCAUAAAUUCCUCACCAAACAGUCUGCUGAAUGUGUGUGUGAGAUUGCAGAGAGCUACGGGGAGCAGUGCACACAGAACCUGGAGCUGAGCCCCAGCAAGGACAUCUUCAGCGACUGCCGAAAAGCCCUCCAUGAAUACUUAAGUGGCACCCCCUUCUCCGACUACCAGAACAGCAUGUAUUUCGACCGCUUCCUGCAGUGGAAAGUGCUGGAGAGGCAACCGAUAACUAAAGACACAUUUCGGCAAUACCGUGUGCUGGGAAAGGGAGGAUUCGGGGAGGUAUGUGCGUGCCAGGUGCGGGCCACAGGAAAGAUGUACGCCUGCAAGAAGCUGGAGAAGAAGAGGAUUAAGAAGAGGAAGGGCGAGUCCAUGGCUCUUAAUGAGAAGCAGAUCCUGGAGAAAGUGAACAGCAGAUUUGUUGUCAGCCUGGCCUACGCCUAUGAGACCAAAGAUGCCCUGUGUCUGGUGCUGACCAUCAUGAACGGAGGGGACCUCAAGUUUCACAUCUACAACAUGGGCACGCCCGGGUUCGAGAAGGACAGGGUGCAGUUCUACGCUGCCGAGAUCUGCUGCGGCCUAGAGCACCUGCACCAGGAGUCCAUCGUCUACAGGGAUUUAAAACCAGAAAAUAUUCUUCUAGAUGACAACGGACACAUCCGGAUAUCAGACCUGGGUCUGGCCAUCAAAGUGCCUGAAGGGGAGCUGAUCCGUGGCAGAGUGGGGACAGUGGGGUACAUGGCCCCUGAGGUGAUAAACAACGAGCGCUACGGCAUGAGCCCGGACUGGUGGGGCCUGGGCUGCCUGGUCUACGAGAUGACCGCCGGCCGCUCCCCCUUCCGCGCCCGCAAGGAGCGGGUGAAGAGGGAGGAGGUGGAGAAGAGGGUGCAGGAGGAGCAGGAGGACUACAGCGACAAGUUCACCGAGGACACCAAGGCCAUCUGCAGGAUGCUGCUGGCUAAAGAUCCGAAGCAGAGGUUGGGUUGCCAGGCGGAGGGGGCGGCAGGGGUGAAAUCCCACCCCUUCUUCAGGAACAUCAACUUCAAGCGGCUGGAGGCCGGCAUACUGGAGCCCUCCUUCGUGCCUGAUCCCAGAGCGGUCUACUGCAAGGAUGUCCUGGACAUUGAGCAGUUCUCCACCGUCAAGGGCGUCAACCUGGACCAAACCGACAACGACUUCUACAGCAAGUUCGCCACCGGCAGCGUCUCCAUUCCCUGGCAGAACGAGAUGAUCGAGACGGAGUGCUUCAAGGACCUGAACGUGUUCGGGGCCCACGGCUCGCGCCCCCCCGACCUGGACUGGAACCAGCCCCCCGAGCCCCCGCGUCGCAGCCUGCUGGACAGAAUUCUCAGGAGACACCAUCCAGAGGUGUCCAUCGCACACACCCGUGUCUCCUCUGCCAGCGUGAACUCUGUGGACUCCAUGUCCAACUCUGCCCCCUAGUGGACAGUCUUAUUAAGAGGAGAGCAAAAGGAGAGAGGACAGUUCCACUACGGGCCGGUCUCACAGAGCCCGGUUAGCGGCCUUUUUUUUUUUUUUUGACCACCACGCCGAAACUCGCCGGUAGUUCAAGGCAACACUAAUCGGGGUCUGUGAAGCCGUGAGAGCGAGCCGGGCUUUCUGAGAGACAGAAGACACUUAGAGAACAAACCGUCACCUCACGCAUCCUCAGGAUUGCUGGACCAGAGGAGGGCCACCGAUUAUGAACAAUAAAUUCAGGGGAUUGAUAUUCAAAGGAAGACCACUGCAGGGAAUUCAAGUCGGUGUCUUUUUCUUUUUAGUGUUUUUUUUGCUUUAUAAGGAACUGAAUUAUAUAAAAACAAGUCAGUCACACACACACUCACACACACACGCACAUGCACAUAAAAUCGGUCUCUCACACAGUUUCAGAAGCGACCAAGACAAAACGUGCUUUGCCUUGCAUAAUAAUCUCAGGCCAAAGAUUGUUUUCAUUUUUUCUUUUUUCUCUUACUUAUUACACUUGAUUUGUGUGGGGGGGGGGGUCAUUUUCCAACGAAACAUGUUUGAGCAUAAAAUAAUCAGGGCUGGGAUAAAUCGAAAGACAACAGGUCUAUUUUUGAUUUGAUUUGUCAAGUCAAGCUGGACAGUGCAGUUCACAAUGCAGCUAGAAAGGAGGAGGAGGACGCCCCACAAAAGUGAAGCCUGCCCCCCCCCCCCCCCACAACAUGACUCGAAGAGAAACACAGCCUAGGACUGAAAACCCCACUCAACAGAGGGAGAAAGCUUCUGUCUUCUCAGUAGGAGAAGAUGAACAGCACAACCAACAGUGCACAACCAAGUCCACUUGCUACCAAAUACGGUGCCAGAUUUCAUAUGGCGAACCCGAAGUUACGGUGCCAGCUCUCAUAUGGUGAAGCCCUGCCGCACCGGGCUCCCGCAGGUUCAGCCGACUGUGACGGCCUACGUCAGCGUCACAGUUAACGCGCGGUUCCGGAAUUUUCCGCUUUUGAAUCCCACCAACUGACACCCGCUGCACUCUUCACUCAGAACCAUCAAGGCUUCACUUUUACGUGUGAGACAAAUAAGACAAAACAAGAAGGGUUUUUUUUUUUUUUUUUUAAGUUGCUAACUUAUAUGAAAAAUAUUGAAAUAUUUUGUGUAUACAAGUGUGCAGUGCAGAAAACGCUCCAGAGCUCAUCAUUAGUAAUGUCACAACAAUGUAGUUGCCAUGAGAAAUGCCAUUUAUCCACCAAUAAAAUGCUAGAACCAUUUAUUUUGUAUUUAUAGGAACAAAAUUGUAUUUAUUAUUUUUUUCAUAACUCUGAACUGAAAUUGUAUAUUUAGGCAGAGGGCCUAAAAAUGCUGUGUUCGGUAUUGUCAUCAUAAUUGUUCAUUUAUUAUUUUUUUGCUUAUUUAUUGUUUUUGAUAUAGCGUGGAAACCAUCUAGCUGUUUUGAUUUCACUCACCUAUUCAAACUGAAAUGUUUCCAACACACGGCGAGAAUGAACUGUGUGGCCUACACAACACUGCAGAAAAGGAAGCCCUCAAACACGUACGACCACAAAACAAGCAUUUGUGUUUUUUUGCGUGUGCGCGAGUUUCCAUUUUGCAAUGAAAACGCUUCGUUACGGGCUUCUUUUGCUACUAAACAUCGAACAGAUUUUUAUUUUUAUUUUUAUUUUUUAGAAAUUUCAAUCAAGUGCCUCCAGUAAACAUUUGACCAGGUAACGCCCACGUUCAUGUCUUUUCCACGCGAAAGUUGCACUCCGUUCCCUUGCCCCCGAAGGACGCCUGCUGUGUGUUUGGCUGUGGGUCGAGUGAGACGGAAGGUUGGAUGAAAAAGCACAGUGCCUCCAGACUGUAGAACACCCGAUCGCAUGUGAAGCCGAGCUCAUGUUGCAUGUCGAAGUCCACGGGCGCCUACCUGCUACCGUUCCAAUAAAAAAAGCCUGUGCUGUCCUGA